CUCCCUCUCCUCUUAUAAAAAACCAAGAAAACCUAGCCAUCCAUCAGAAGCAACCAAGCUAGCUAGUGCUACACUUGCUGCCAUGGAGGGUGCACUCGCGCGCUCGCUGGCCACCGCCGCCGCCGCCGUCAUGCUCCCGCCACCGCCGGCGGCGAGCUCGCUGAGGCGGAGGAGUAGUAGUAGGGUGGCGGCGAGCGGCCUCCGGGCAAGCGUCAGUGCCAGUACAGCUACGAGUAGUACGAGCAUGGCUCAGCUGGUGGCCGCCGGCGGCGGCAUCGACGAGCUCAGGCUCGUCGACGAACGCGCCGCCGUGGCGGCGCUGCAGCAGCAGCAGCUUCCCGUCGGCGGCUGCGAGGUGGAGAAGCUCCGGGCCGUCGCGGAGGCGGCGGCGGACCGGGCGGAGAUGCACGACAUCAUCGGGAGGCAGCGGGACAACUGGAACCACCUGCUGCUCCACUCCAACAACUCCCUCCUCCUCGCCGCCUCCCUCAUGGCCGCGCUCGCGCCCGCCGCCGCGCCGACCGUCGUGGCGCUCAAGGCGUCCGCGGGGGUCCUCCUGGCCUCCGCCGCCGUCACCAUGGCCGCCGUCAACAAGAUCCAGCCAUCGCAGCUCGCCGAGGAGCAGCGGAACGCCACCAGGCUGUGGAGGCAGCUGGAGCGCGACGUCCGCGCCACGCUCGCGCUCGCCGCCGCGCCGGUGACCAGGGCCGACGUCCACGACGCCAUGGACCGGGUCCUCGCGCUCGACGCCGCCUACCCGCUGCCUCUCCUCCCCGUCAUGCUCGACAAGUUCCCCAACGCCGUCGAGCCCGCCCGGUGGUGGCCGCCGACCAAGAAGCACCAGCAACGCUCUCCGACCAAGGUAGCAGCAACCAAUGGCACCGCGUGCCGGCGAGCCACCUCCAUGGCCGGGAACGGCUGGACCCAAGAGCUGGAGGAGGAGAUGCGCGGCAUCCUCCGUGUCAUCAAGGCCAAGGACGAGAACGAGUACGUCUCCGUCGGCAAGCUGGUCCUCGCCGUCAACAAGCGCCUCGCCGUGGCGGGGCCAGCGCUCGCCGGCGCCGCCGCGCUCGCCGCGGCGUUCAUCGGCUCCGCCGGCGAGGCCGGCGCGUGGGCGUCCGGCGCCGCCGUCAUCGGCGGCGCGCUGGCGGCGGCGGUGAACACCGUCGAGCACGGCGGGCAGGUGGGCAUGGUGUUCGAGCUGUGCCGCAACGUGGCCGGCAUCUACCGGAAGAUCCAGGAGGACAUCGAGGCGAACCUGGAGGAGGCCGACGUCGAGCGGAGGGAGAACGGCGAGGUGUUCGAGACGAAGGUGGCGCUGCAGCUCGGCCGGAGCACGUCGGAGCUCAGGCAGUUCAGGGCGAUGGCCUCGCCGGCGGUCAAGGACGAGGACAUCAGGGAAUUUGCCGGCAAAUUGGUCUAGAUAUAUCCGUUAAUUAAUCCAGUGUAAUCUAGUUAAUUAAUUAGCUGUAUAGUAUAGCACGCUAUAGUCUAAGUGUCCAUCUGAGGAGCCUAGCUGGAGGGAAACUAUUUUUAUUUUUAUCCCUCGAGUAGAUGUAAUUUUAUUUAUUUAAAAACCAUCUGAACAAUUAUAAAAAAUUGUCGAAAAAAUUUGAUAACACUCAUCCAAUAUAUAUGUUAGAUAUAAAAAAAAUACAUUGAGAUAUAAAAAGAUUAAUUUAAUGUAUGAAGAACAAUUUAAUAUAUGUACUAUGGGAUAUUGGUUUCCUUGGUUCUUUGACC